UCCCUCCCAAAUCUGUUGGCGCUCUGAGCUUCCUUCCAUUCCAUGAAUGCGAUGCGUGGUGAUCGCGGCCCGCUCCUAUCUGCCCCAAAGUUCUCGCCUUCCUUCUCUUUUGACUCCGUCUUCUCUUCCAUUCACAUCACUUCGAUUCGUCCUUCCCUCCCUCAAUUCCCAACACAGCUCCCAUCUUCACAUCUCCAUCCAAAACCCUAAUUUUCUCUCCCUGUUCUCAUUAUUUCACUUGGUUUUCCUCCCGAAUUCUGUAUUUAUGCCUUGUGGCUGUGUUUCUCAGCUCGUUCCCUUCGCCAAGGUAUAGAUUUACAGAUUUCGCUGCUUUUUGUCGCGUUCGGUACCCAAUUCCCCGGAUUCUGUGUUCUCAAUUGUUCGAAAUCUGUUGCUUUUGGUCGCGCCGUGCUUUUCGACUGAUAUAUUAUGCGGUUAAUUUACGUCCGAGUUUGAAAUUCUGCGACUUUUGCUGGUUUUGAUCGCAAUUGGCUGUCGAAUUUUGUGGAUUUGAUGGAUAAUCAGGAAGAAGAGUCCUCGAUGCCGGUGUUUAAGAAGCCGAACUCGAACAUGUAUCGGCUCAUGAACGGGCCUUCGUUGCAAGCCUCGAGCUGGUUCGAGAUUCGGCUGUUCUACGUCCGCAUCGCACCGUGCGCCGUCGAGAGUGUUCCGACCCAGCUGACGCUUCGCCAUCUGCGCCGAGAAAUUGGGGUUUCGCUGGAAAUCAAUGGCACCCGCGUUCCGGCCUCAGAAGCAACGUCCGUGACGCUCCGUCGUGAUCGUCUCGAUAAGGAGUCGUCAGAGGUGACUUAUGUGAGUACUGAUAGUGUCAAGAUCACAGGGGCCGUGGAAUUUGAGGUGUACGAGAAGGAAGAGUUGAUAUUGUGUGGUUCUCUGGAGAGAAUGGAGGCUGCUUGGAGUACUGGGUUUGUCGGCUUGGAAAACGAUUCCAAGACUGGCUGGAGUAUGGACUGUUACACCGCUGCAUCAAUAGUGAGUGGGGCUUCAUCAUUUUUCCAGCCAAAAUUCGGUUUUUCAGCUCCGUCCUUUGAGGUUUAUAUCGCGGGGUGUUGUUCAGGCUUUCCCCUGAUUUUAACGAAGACAAUUCAAAUUAGUCCUAGGCGGAAACCUCAUAGGCAUGGCAUGCUUGAUGCUAUCCCAGAGGAUGAAGAGAUUGGGAAGGAGCAGAGGAACCAUAACGGUUUGGUGCUGCAGCAGAAAGUGCAGAUCUCAGAGGCAGAAGUUGAUGACUCUGAGUUGGAUGAAAAGAUUGGAAGCAGCUAUUAUUCAGAGGACACCUAUGCGGUCGAGGAUGGCCAACUCUCAUGGUUCAAUGCGGGCGUAAGAGUUGGUGUUGGGAUUGGGCUAGGAAUGUGCAUUGGUGCGGGCAUUGGUGUUGGACUGCUUAUGCACUCAUAUCAAGCAACCACCAGGAGCUUCAGGAGGAAAUUAGUCGCCAGAUCUGCUGCGACAAUGGCUCACCGUAGCGAGGUUGCACCUCCGCCUCUCCCCUUGGUGGUGACCCUCAAUUGCAUCGAGGACACCGCCCUCGAGCAAGACUGCCUCGCCGGCGUCGCUGGCGUAGAGCACAUCCCCCUCAGCCGCAUCGCCGAGGCCAAGAUCGAGUCCGCCGCCGCGGUGCUCCUCCAUUCGCUCGCCUUCCUCCCCCGUGCAGCCCAACGCCGCCUCCGCCCCUGGCAGCUUGUGCUCUGCCUCGGAUCCUCCGACCGAGCCGUCGACUCCGCCCUCGCCGCCGAGCUCGGCCUCCACCGCCUCAUCCACGUCGACGUCUCUCGCGCCGAUGAAGUCGCUGACACCGUCAUGGCCCUCUUCCUCGGCCUACUCCGCCGCACUCACCUCCUCUCUCGCCACGCGCUCUCCGCCUCCGGCUGGCUCGGCUCCGUCCAGCCGCUGUGCCGUGGAAUGCGCCGGUGCCGCGGCCUCGUCUUGGGGAUCAUAGGUAGAUCUGCUUCCGCUAGGUCUUUGGCCACUCGAAGCUUGGCCUUCAAGAUGAGUGUGCUAUACUUUGACGCUCAUGAGGGAAAUGGAAAGUUGAGUAGAUCAUCGAUAACAUUCCCUCCUGCUGCCCGGAGAAUGGAUACCCUUAAUGAUUUACUUGCUGCAAGUGACCUCAUUUCUCUCCACUGUGCUCUGACAAAUGAAACCGUUCAAAUUAUUAAUGCUGAUUGUUUGCAACAUAUUAAGCCUGGGGCAUUUCUGGUGAAUACAGGUAGCAGCCAGCUGCUGGAUGAUUGUGCUGUAAAGCAGCUUUUGAUUGAUGGCAUGCUUGCAGGCUGUGCUCUGGAUGGUGCCGAAGGACCACAAUGGAUGGAAGCAUGGGUUAGGGAGAUGCCCAAUGUAUUGAUACUUCCCCACAGUGCAGAUUAUAGUGAAGAAGUAUGGAUGGAGAUAAGGGAGAAAGCUAUCUCCAUAUUGCAGGCAUUUUUCUUGGAUGGCAUUGUUCCAGAAAACACUAUCUCAGAUGAGGAGGUUGAGGAAAGCGAGAUAAGCAAUGAAAAUGAACAAAGCCAGAAACAAGUAACUGAAAGUGCCCUGCAAGGUUCUGUUUGUGAGCCAUUGACAGAUGAUAUUCAUUUAACUCAAGAAAGCUCCAGGAGAAGAAACAGCAAUGAAUCAAAUGAGUCUCUAGGACAACAUCAGGGUUCAGCUCUACCUCAAAAUACCUCCAAUCGAUCAGAAGGAAAGCGCAGCAGAUCAGGUAAGAAGGCUAAAAGAAGGCAUGCCCGCCAAAAAUCUCUGCAGAAAUCAGAUGAUACUUCUACAUUAGAGAAGGAGAGUACCUCACAUCGAGAUGAUGAUACUGCAAUGAGUGGUACAGAUCAACUUUCCAGUUCACGGUUUGCUUCCCCUGAAGACUCAAGAAAUAGGAAGACACCAAUUGAAUCAGUACAAGAGUUGCCUUCUGAGCAAAUUCUAAAAUCCAGCAUGAGUCUAAGCAGAAAAUCUGGUGAACUGCUGAAGGAUGGCUAUGUUAUAGCUCUACAUGCAAGAGAUCUGUUUGCCCUUUAUGUUUCCAGGCAAAGAGUCAAAGGGGGUGGUUGGUUUCUGGACACAAUGUCAAAUGUAUCAGAAAGAGACCCAGCAGCACAGUUCCUUGUUGUUUUUAGAAGCAAGGGCACAAUUGGUUUGCGAUCUUUUACUGCCGGAGGAAAGUUGUUGCAGAUAAAUAGGAGAAUGGAAUUUGUAUUUGCUAGCCACAGCUUUGACGUGUGGGAAAGUUGGACAUUUGAAGGGUCUUUAGAAGAAUGCAGACUGGUCAAUUGUAGAAACCCCUUGGCUAUUCUGGAUGUGCGUAUUGAAAUUCUUGCUGCGGUGGGAGAAGAAGAUGGAGUUACUCGCUGGCUUCAUUAAAUUGGGAGCAUGCUAAGGUUAAAGCAGCCAAGCCAAAUAUACGUCUGCUUGUUCCUUCUCUCUCUCUCUCUC